UUCCGGGAAAUUUCCCUAAAUCUGAAACAAUGGACAAUUGAGAAGCGUGACGUAACUUUGAAUGCUAAUCAAGCACAAAGCAAACCAUGUUGUCAGCAAGCGAAACUGGUAGUGAAAGUACCUCACCAUACCUCAAAAAAAUGCCGCCAGAAUUGGAAAAAGAAAUUCCAGAGGAGAGCGAUAUUACGAAUAACUUUAAGGCGUUGAAGGAUGUCCAGCUUCCGAUAGAUAUCCUGCUCCUGACUGUGAAAGACAUCGAGUUUCGAAGCUGUUACUUCAAUCUAGGAAAUGUCUUUCGAAGCUACGAGAGAGGCCUCGGUCAUGUGUAUUUCGGAGAGAUGGGUGAAGUCGGAGAUACGAAACUGAGAGUCGCUUUAAUUAAAUGUUCAGAGGGAGCAGCAAACCCGGGAGGAGCACUAAUCACAGUAAAGAAUACUGUGGUGAAAUUACGACCCAAAGCUGUGUUUUGUGUCGGUUGUUGUGGAGCAUUGCAUCGGGACAAGACCAAGCUAGGAGAUGUUAUCGUUUCCGCAAAGCUGACUACUUACGCAGACAAAAAAGUGACGAAUCAGGGAGUUUAUCCGCACGGCUUCUCUGUGCCAGUUAGUAGCGACAUCUCUGGCUUGAUAAAUUACGCUGGUCAUGGCUGGAGUGCCCCUUUAAAGAAUCAAGAAGAAAGAGGAUCAGUGAAAGUUCAUAGCGAUGGAGAGUUUUUGAGCGGUCCAGAAGAGAUUGACUCCGAAAAGAGAAGGCGCGAACUCGUAGAGCUCUACCCCAACGCAAUCGCAGUCGAAAUGGAUGGCCAAGGUGAGAUUGAUAGGUUCUUUUUCGUCAGCAGAGCGCUAAGAAGUAAGCGUUAAUACAGAGUUUGAUCAUCCAGGGUUGCUUAGUUUGACGAAACAGUUCAACGUUAAAGCUCCGUUUGUCUGCUGAGAGCUCAUUUUCGCGUGUUUAAGAUAGUGCUCGCUGACCACGAUAGUCUCAGUGAUCCACAGCUGCAAGUCAAUCGAUCAUCGAUCACGCUAUCAUGUUUACUUUCACUUUCCUCGCUUCAUCGACCAUUUUAGCGAAUUCCUCUCGUAUUGCGGCCUCAGUCACUUGGUUAUCACUAAGAAGGAAUAAUUUUGUUCAGUUUGAUAUCUAAGUCUGUUCGGAAUCAAUUCCAGUGUGUAUACUCUGGGCUUUACCCGAAAGCGUUCAAUAAUGAUAAUGUUGUUUUCCAUCGUCACGACUCUUCUUAAAAUAACAGUGUGUUACGAUUCAGUAAGUUCUAAGUGACCGAAAACGUAAUAGAAUCAGGAUAAUUAUACUUAAUUACGUUCAAAAGAGGAACGAAGAGGUUAGACUUUACAAACACGAUACGGAAGCCUGAUAAAUCUAGUACUAAUUUUUCUAGUGUCGCAAGGAUUACUCGCACAUGUAGCAUAAUGAAAAUCACAAUCUGUCAAAGUGCUGUCCUCUUAAAACUACGGCCCGUGACAUCUUAAGCCUAAGCCGAGUCAAGUUACAAUUCAAUAAAUUCAGUGAAGCUGAGAGAAUUAUUUUUUCCCAUCUGCUAAUUACACAACGGUUAUCAUAAACUUCAAUGUGUCCUUCCACAGGUGUGUUCAGUGCAGCUCAUGACCUGAAGAUGGAGUGGGUGGUAAUCAAAGGCGUUUCUAGUUAUGUAGACGGCACGGCCUCUCUGACUGAGGACUGGAAGCCUUUUGCCAGUGUCAUGGCAGCUUCUGUUGUCAAAAACAUCCUUCGUGUGCCAGAUGUGUUUGAAGGAUGGGCGCAUUACCCGAGCAGCGAUAUGGGGAGAGCACCGAAUGAAGGUUAG